AAGUUCCAGCUGCCGGCCCGGGAGACGUGCGUGGCGUGCGUGAAGACGGUCUACCCCCUGGAGAAGCUGGUGGCUAAUCAGCAGGUCUAUCACAGCAGCUGCUUCCGCUGCUCUCACUGCAACAGCAAGCUCAGUCUGGGUAACUAUGCCUCCCUGCAUGGCACAGUCUACUGCAAACCUCACUUCAACCAGCUGUUCAAGGCCAAGGGGAACUACGAUGAGGGCUUCGGUCACAAGCCCCACAAGGACCUGUGGGCAAGCAAGAGCGAGGGAGAGGAGCACCAGCGACCUGAACUGGCCCCCGCGGACAAACAGCAGUGCCCCCUAGUGGAGGAUUCCCCCAUCGCCAAGGUCAACGUCCUGGCGGCCACCAUCGAAUCCAAGAGCUCCACCGCGGGACCUGCUGCGGAGAAACCUCUGGAUACCAAGAGGUUGAAAAUCACCUGGCCACCCCAGCCACAGGGGGGGAGGGCUGAGGGCCAGGGCGCAGGGGUGGAGGCGGGUACAGCGAGGCCCUUCAAAGCCAAGUGGCCCCCAGAGGAUGAGGUCCAGGAGCAGGGCGAGAACCAGGAGCGGAGCGAGCUGCAGAAACUGCGCCGAAGUGCCUCCCUUAAGGAACGCUGUCGCCCCUUCACCGUGGCGCACAGUCCUGUGCGGGCCCCCAGGGAACCGAGAGAGCCGGUUAGAGCAAAGGAAGAGUGGAGGAGGAAGGAGGAGGAGGAGGAGGAGAGAACGGGAGCACAGACCCCAGAACUGAAACAAACCAAACUGGAGUCUCCAGCUGAAAGGGUGCAGGUGGAAGCCAAAGCAGCGCCUCCUGUGGAAGCCACCGGGGACCGCGUGCUGAACGGAGACUCCCCUUCCCCUUCUCCCACCCCCUCCUCGGAGAGCGAGGGCUGCCCGCUCCAGGCAGAGGAGAGCCAGCCGUCGCCCGCCCGCUCUCCUGCGGUAGAGAAGGAGGAUCUGAAGCCCUCCACAUUGGCCCUGGAGCAGGGGGACCGAACCCCCGAGGUGCUCCCCAGUCACGGCAACCGCAAGUCCCAGGACGUGGGCUUCUGGGAGGGGGACGGGGAGGAGGCGGAGGACCUGUCUGUGGAGGAGCUGAUCAAGAGGAAUCGAUACUAUGAGGAGGAAGAGGACUGAGCGGAGACAGCUUUGAUGAGAAGAUUUCAAAUAAACACAAAAUUGAAUUUCUUUUUGGUGAUGGGCUUUUUGUUCAUAACCAAGUUAUCGCAUCUCUCUUUCUCCUCUGAUUUUUAGUUGUUAACCGCACAGGCUUUUGGAAAUAUAAAGUUUGUUCUGAUUUUCAUUGCUAAUUAAGAAGCUGCCCUUAAUUUUCUUUUGUGUAAUGUUUAAUUAUUUUUUUUUAUAUCUUCUGACUAAUGAAUGCAUAUUUAAUUUUGUUUUACAUUUUUUGUUCUGAGUUGGUAAUUGUAAAUGAGUGGGGUUUGAUACCCAGGCGAAUUUAAUUUUUAUCUUCAAUUAAUCUGGCUCUCGCUGGAAAUGAAAUGCACGAUACUGAUUUUGUUUUGUAACGUCGCAUCUUGCAUUUUGUUCCGGUAGUGAAAUCAUGUUCUGCUUUUUUACUUUUUUUUUUUUUUUAAAGUUGGGUUUAGCAUCUCCAAUUAGCAGGGCUCUCUUCACCUGAACUGGAAACCUGCACUGAUGUACUGCGCUAGGACUACGAGGAUACAAUGCUGGCUAUACAAUGACUUGAAUAGCGUUUUUUAAAGGCUGGAAACGGCACUUUAAUAGGCAUUCCACUUAUUUUUAUUUUGUUUGUGUUGUUUUAAAUGUACAGUACUCCUUUCUGUGAAAAGUUUGCUUUCGCUAACUGAUGAUGGCCAAAUGGAACAAGAGAAAAAAAAAAAAACGUAGCGUUUUUUUUAUAACGGCACUGGUCAAUUUUAAUCAUUCUCCUUGAUUCUAUCCGCUCUCAAAGGUUUAACUUAAUUGUAACAGUUGUGUAUAGGGUUGGUGCCAGUUACCUUGUGUUUUUUUUUGUUUUUUUUUUGAUGGAAUUGGAAAUUUGAUUUUAAAUCUGAAUCGAUCUCAUCCCUGGCUGUGUGUGUUCUAGGUCUCCUUCUUGUACAAACCGCUCCAAACGCACAGGCCGGACUGUCUUGACACCUCUCCUCUGUUCCGGUUUGCUCAAGCCUGCACCAGAGCUGGUUCAGAGGCAGCUGCAGAAUAUUCCUCAUCAGCACAGCUGCCCUAAUAUAAACCACCUGUCCCCACCUUCUAGGGGUCUUGAACAGACCUGUUUGUGUUUUUCGGAGAAUCUGUCUGUCCAGAGUAUUAUUGGACACCUGGCUAAGACUGACUUUUUCUUCAUUUCUUUCUUUCUUUUUUAAUAGAGGUAUAUAAUGUCUGCCUUUUCUUACUGCUUUAGCAUUUUAAUAAAUUUGUUUUUAUUCAAAA